UUGUGAGAAACAUCACACCCAUCGGUUUAAGGAUCGGAACCGUUUUAGUUAUUGUCCUUUAUUGUCGGGAUGUUUGUUUUUAACAUCGGAGUCAUUGUCCUUUAUUUGAGGAGAUUAGGUUUAGAUUUCUAGGGUUGCACAAAAAAAGGUUUAGAUUUCUAGGUUUACCCGAGAUCUUGAGUGUAAGAUACGGUAUCUUCUAUUUUGUGUGUUAAGUAGGUCAUCGUUUGUAAAGAAUAAGCUACACCAGAGAGAGAAGCAAUGAUCUCCGGCGACUCAUCGUCCGCUAAAAGGCACAAAGCUUUACUACCAGAAGAAGACCCACCAAGCCAAUCGAACGCACCUCUCGACAACAUCAACGCAGACUCUUCCACUAUCUCCAUCUCAAGCUGCUUCAUCUUCACAUCUCUUCUUAUCAUCACCUGCGUCACUCUCUCUGCCGUUUUCUUCUUCGUCUUCUUCUCUUCCCACCCACUCAAGAAACUCGACAAGCCUGUGGUUCUACUAAUAUCCUCAGACGGGUUUCGUUUCGGGUACCAAUUCAAGACCAAACUACCCAACAUACACCGGUUAAUCUCCAACGGAACAGAAGCAGAAACCGGUUUAAUCCCGGUUUUCCCGACACUAACUUUCCCUAACCAUUACUCUAUAGUCACAGGACUAUACCCUGCGUACCACGGCAUCAUCAACAACAAGUUUAUGGAUCCAGAAACAGGGAAAACUUUCACAAUGGGUAGCCACGAGCCAGAGUGGUGGUUAGGUGAGCCGUUGUGGGAGACAGUAGUGAACCAAGGGCUCAAGGCUGCUUCUUACUUCUGGCCUGGCUCUGAGGUGCACAAAGGCUCUUGGGAUUGCCCUAAAGGUUUCUGCCAAAACUAUAACGAAUCUGUUCCUUUUGAUGAUAGGGUUGAUACCAUUUUGAGCUACUUUGAUCUGCCUAGUAGAGAAAUCCCUAGCUUCAUGACUCUUUAUUUCGAAGAUCCGGAUCAUCAGGGUCACCAAGUUGGUCCUGAUGAUCCUCGGAUCACCGAAGCUGUAGUCAACGUUGAUCGUUUGAUUGGUAGAUUAAUCAAUGGUUUGGAGAGAAGAGGGAUUUUUGAGGAUGUGACUAUGAUCAUGGUUGGUGAUCAUGGAAUGGUUGGGACUUGUGACGAGAAAAUCAUCGUUCUUGAUGAUCUAGCUCCAUGGAUCAAGAUUCCUAGCAGCUGGGUUCAUGACUACACUCCCUUGCUAGCUAUUAAACCACCUUCAGGUCACAAUGCAGCAGACAUAGUGGCUAAGAUCAAAGAAGGUUUGAACUCAGGUGAAGUAGAGAACGGGAAGUACUUGAAGGUUUAUCUCAAGGAGGAUUUACCUAGCAGGCUGCAUUACGCAGAGAGUGAGAGGAUCCCACCUAUCAUAGGACUAGUUGAUGAGGGGUUCAAGGUUGAGCAGAAGAGGAGUGAAGCCAUGGAGUGUGGUGGAGCUCAUGGGUAUGACAAUGCUUUCUUCUCGAUGAGGACUAUAUUCAUUGGGCAUGGUCCUAUGUUUGCAAAAGGAAGGAAAGUGCCUUCUUUUGAGAAUGUUGAGAUAUAUAAUGUGAUUAGUACGAUUCUAGGGCUUAAAGCUGCACCAAACAAUGGUUCUCAUGCGUUUCCUUCAAGCGUUCUCUUGCCACGCACGUAAGUAGAGUAAGGGUAAGUACAUUGUUAUGUUAAUAAAAGGCAGCAUGGAAUCUGUGACUGCGUUUGUAAGCCGCGGCAAACGUUUUAUGCGCUUUGAUAUGUUAGACGUUUUAUGCAUUUAUGAUUUUGUUGCGAUUUAACAAGUGUACCUACUAAACUUUU